CCAGUAUAGUCUCGUGGUGUCAGUUGCACAGUGCAGAGCAGAUCGCCUCAUUUGCUGGACUGUGAUACCACCUGGGUUGGGUAACACGUGCCCAAUCUCGCUCUUCUACACAUGCAACAGAUUCAUUAAACGUGACGGCGGAAAUUGCACGACGUUUUGAAACGGACACGUUACAGAUGAACCGUAAGUUCACGGCACGACGUCAAUGAAACAGCGCGCGACUGCGGAUAGAAGAGGCGGUGCCUCUCGCGAAAGAACUCUUACGUCAGGCUGGGUGACGGAGCGGCAGGGCGAGUCAUGCGUUGCGGAGCGAGCGGAUAAGCAAAGAUCCAAAAGACCUACAUACGUCCUGAAAAUGGAGCGUGUCUGCAACGAGGCCUUUUCCGUUAAGACGUUUAUGGAGUGAGCUCACGGACUAAGGCAGACCUACAGACAUAAGAGGACCACGCCGUUGGCACGUUGGUGUGAAGACACUUUGUCAACGCUGCUCUCCGGGUUCCCAGAGUUCCCUGGUGCGACUGGAGUUAUGGCAGUAAGAGAGCGCAGCCCUCGCCACCGGCCCUGGUCCGUGUACCGUGCCAACACCUUCGAUAUUUCCUCAGAGAUGAUGGGGCUCGCGCUGGCAGGAAGCAGUCAGGAUCCUGACGAACCAGUGCUGGAGUUCAGUUUGGCAUGCAGUGAGUUGGUAGCUCCAGCCCUGGAGCGUAAGCCCAGCGGCUUUGUAGCAGUGAGCUGCACAACGCCUCCUCAAGCCUUCUGGACAAAGCACGCUCAGACCGAGAUCAUCGAGGGCACCAGUAAUCCCAUAUUCCUCAGCAGCAUCGCUUUCUUUCAAGACUCCCUGAUCACCCAGCAGACUCAGAUCAAGCUUUCUGUCUACGACGUUAAGGACCGGUCGCAAGGGACGAUGUAUCUGCUCGGUUCUGCCACGUUCAAGGUGAAAGAUCUCCUGCAGGAUAAAUACCGGAGGCUGCACCUCACGCUACGAUCAGCAGAGAAUGAGAGGAUAGGCAACAUCACGAUUAUUGCCUGGCAGAUGGAGGAGAAGAAAGAGCCGCAAGCACCGCUGAGUCGGACGGACACGGUUAACGGCAGAAUGGUGUUACCUGUUGAUGAGAGCCUGACACAUUCCAUGGGUCUACAAGCGAAGUCAGCCUCGCUGUGCAGAGACACGCUCUUAAAGGCCGUGUUCGGCGGUACGAUAUCCCGCAUGUACCGCCUCCCCACCACAGACGGGAACCACCUGCGUGUGCUGGAGCAGAUGGCGGAAACCGUUCUCUCUCUCCACGUGCCCAGGCAGUUCGUUAAGCUCCUCUUGGAGGAAGACGCUGCCAGGGUGUGUGGACUGGAGGAGCUGGGGGAAUUGUCUCCAUGCUGGGAAAACUUGAGGAGGCAGAUCAUUACCCAGUACCAGAACAUCAUCCUGACCUACCAGGAAACGCUCAGUGACCUGCAUGAGUACAAGGGUCCUUCUUUCAAAUCCAGCACUCUGAAAGCCGAGAGGAAGUUGGAGUUUGUGCCGACCAACCUCCACAUCCAGAGGAUGAGAGUGCAGGGUGAAUCAGGCUAUGACCGGACGUAUGACGUGGUCACUGCCGGGGCCCCGGCAGCACACCACCAGGGCUUUAAGGGCAGCGGUCUGAGAAAGAUCAUUCAGAAGUUUGAAGAGACCAAGAAACAUGCCUUUGAAGACGAAGGGACCGGAGAGGCGCGUACCCAGUCCGUGGCGUACCAGCCGCAGGACGUGGCGCGUGCCAAAGAGAUCAUCGCCCACAUCAACACCCUGAAGACUCAGGUCAGCUACUACACGGAGCGCCUGUCCCGCACUGCCAAGGAGCGCUCGGCUAACGCGCUAGAGCGGACCCUCGCCAUCCUGACGGACAAGACGAGACAACUGGUGACGGUGUGCGACAACAAGCUGCUGACCACAGCCAUGCAGGCCCUGAGCGCAGCUCGGCCGGAGUUCGUCGCCUCCAGAGCCUCGCCGUCUGGGCCGGACGCCGAGCGCGUGGUCCUCCGCAACGACCAGGGCUCCCCGCAGGCCAAGUGGAGCGGGAAAGCCAACAGGACCUCCAUGAACGCGGACUGGCACGAGGAGGAGUGGGAGAAGGUGUGGCUGAACGUGGACAGGAGUCUGGAGUGUGUGAUCCACUGCGUGGACAGGCUUCUAACGAAGGAGCGGCUGCAGAGCAACAGCAGCGAGGAUGUCUUCCUCUCGGAGCAGCCUGCCUCCAGCAAGAGAGGUAGCCACGGAGACGCCUUCUGGAUCAACCCGGGGCACCAGUGCCCCACGCCCCUACUCGCCACCCUCCCGUGUUCCUCAGACGCUCCUUCAUCAUCCUCUCCCAUCACCCCUGCAUGCGAGCCCGUUUCUCCGACACCCCCCUCAGACGGAAGCCCCAGCGCCGAGGGCACCUCCCCGGGUGAGUGGAGCGACGCGCUCUACCCUCUCCUGACGACGCUCAACGAGUGCGUGGCCAUGAUGAGUGAUAAAACAAAGAAGGCCAUGGUGUUUGUGCUGAUGCAGGACUGUGCGCCGACCAUCGCCAUGAGUCUCACCCUGCAGUACCGCAGAGAUGUGGUCUUCUGCCAGACACUGACAUCCCUGAUCUGUGGGUUUGUAACGAAGCUGAGGAACUGUCUGUGUGAAGGGGGCUUCCUCCGACAGCUCCACACUAUUGGCUUACUGGUCCAGUUUGAGGGUCUACUUAGCACCUAUGGGGAGGAGCUGGCCAUGUUGGAGGACAUGAGCAUCGGCGUUAUGGAUCUCAGGAACGUCACCUUUAAGGUUACCCAGGCAACCUCCAGCUUCGGGCCUGACAUGCUGCCCAUCAUCACGGGGAACAGGGACGGCUUUAACGUGCGUGUACCGCUGCCUGGCAACGUCUUUGAUGUGUUGCCGCGGGAGAUCCAGAACGGGAUGCUCUUGCGUGUUCAGCCUGUGCUGUUCAAUGUAGGAAUCAACGAACAGCAGACGCUGGCAGAAAAGUUUGGAGACACGUCCCUGCAGGAAGUCGUCAACAUGGAGAGUUUGGCACGACUGCAGUCCUACUAUGAGCAAUUUAAGGAAGUCCUUCCUGAGGACUGUCUUCCGCGGUCCCGUAGUCAGAACUGCAUACCGGACCUGCUGAGACUGCUCAGCCAAAACAUCACCUCCAGGAAGAGCAAAAACGUGGACAUCCUGUGGCAGGCUGCAGAGGUGUGUCGCCGGGUGAACGGCGUGCGAGUGACCAGCUGCAAGAGUGCCAAGGACCGCACGGCCAUGUCGGUCACUCUGGAGCAGUGCACCAUCUUGCAGCAAGAGCACUGCAUGGCACCACAGGUCUUCACGCAGGCCCUGGAGUGCAUGCGCAGUGAAGGCUGCAGGAGGGAGAAUACCAUGAAGAACGUGGGCAGCAGGAAAUACGCCUUCAACUCCCUGCAGCUGAAGGCCUUCCCCAAACAGUACCGGCCACCGGAGGGCACUUACGGGAAAGUGGAAACUUGAUACGAAACGCUUCGUCCGACAGCACAAACGGUGUCGACCGACGCUUCUUCUGUUGACGCCGACGCUUCCUCUGUUAGCCCCCCCCCAAGACUUCUGUCCCCGCUACUGUCCUGUCCACCUCCCCUCUGAAGGGAGCUGGACAGCGCGUGCAGUCGUAUGAUGUGGACGCUCGCUGUAGCCAUGGAAGCUCACAGCGGGUGCAGUCAACACUCGCUGUAGCCAUGGAAACAGCAGGGUCAAUACUUUGCGAGGCUGCACUGUUGGCCUCUGCUGGCAGUGGUAGCUCGGUGGUUAAGGUACUUGACUAGUAAUCAGAAGGUUGCUGGUUCAAGUCCCACUGCUACCAAGC